AUGACUACAACCAUCGUGACAGAUACCGGGCGACGUUCCUCGAUACGACCAUCAGAACCGCAGCAAUCCAUGUCUAGCCCUGUUGAUAAGUUUCCAUCGUAUUGCGAUGAACUAUACGACACAGCAACAGAAUUGAGGGACCCUCCAAAUUCCACGAUCAAAUAUUUGCCAAAUGAUACCUGGGAGCCUCGAAAGGCAGGCCCUUUUCCUCGAGACCAUACAAAUGGGUCUGUCAGGAAUUCAAAACAUAGACCGCGAAAGAGUAUCAGCGAGGCUAUCAGCACAAUUAGGACCCGCAACGCGAGCGUGAGUGCCAACGCGCAGGAGUUGGCGCAAGCCCUCAGGGCUCCAAUAUCUUAUCGACUGAUAGUUCUCUGUCUCAUUUGGUAUACAACUUCUGCUGUUACAAAUACCUCGUCGAAAUCUAUACUGAAUGCACUUCCUAUGCCGAUUACCCUUACAAUUGUACAAUUUGCUUUUGUGUCUAUAUGGUGUUUGCUCCUAGCGUAUCUUUCAACCACAUUACCCUGGCUCAGAAGAAACGUACCAGCUCUAAAAAAUGGCAUCCGCUACCCAACUCGCGAUGUUAUCACGACUGCUCUGCCUUUGGCAGUAUUUCAGCUAGCUGGUCACAUACUUAGCUCCAUGGCUACCUCUCAGAUACCGGUGUCUUUAGUUCACACCAUCAAGGGACUCUCGCCACUUUUUACAGUCCUGGCAUACCGUGUGCUUUUUCGCAUAAGAUAUGCCAAAGCCACUUACUUGUCACUUAUUCCGUUGACUUUAGGUGUCAUGCUUGCUUGCUCCACCGGAUUUUCGACGGAUUUCUUCGGUAUAGCAUGCGCACUAGUUGCCGCAAUAGUCUUCGUCUCACAAAAUAUCUUUUCUAAGAAGCUUUUCAAUGAGGCCUCGCGCGCGGACUCGGAGAUGCAACCACCGGGUCGACGAAAGCUAGAUAAGCUGAAUCUCCUUUGCUAUUGCUCCGGGUUAGCAUUUCUCCUCACAUUGCCUAUUUGGCUUGUUAGCGAGGGCUACCCUUUGAUUUCAGACAUUAUGCAGGAUGGUGUCCUAUCUUUGUCAGAGAAAAAGGGUUCUUUGGACCAUGGCGCACUUUUCAUUGAAUUUGUUUUCAAUGGAAUAUCGCACUUCGCGCAGAAUAUCUUGGCCUUUGUUCUACUGUCAAUGAUAUCGCCAGUCUCAUACUCCGUUGCAUCUCUGGUGAAACGAGUGUUUGUCAUUGUUGUCGCCAUCGUGUGGUUUGGCAGCUCGACCACGGGUGUCCAAGCUCUCGGGAUCGCUCUAACUUUCCUUGGACUGUACCUCUACGAUCGCAAUAGCCAUGAGGAUCUGGCAGACCAAAGAGCAAAUGCCGAUCACUUUCGCGCAAAAGAAGCAGUUCUACCUUUGAACGUCCGCACAACAACCAAGGCAUGGGAUUCAAACAGCUACGCAUUCCCUUCAUCAAAACCUACCCAAAGUCAAUUUCCCGACAGUUUGAACUCUUUGGUAAAUAAUCCGAAGAAAGAAGAUGAUGGGCCAGGUCGGAUUCGACCCAGAGGAAGUAGUGUCUCCCGAACAUGGUUGCCUCCUGGCACAAAACAAGAAUCUACUUGGCAGCCAAGUGACUCUUAG